UUUUUUUUUUGUCCCUUGAGAAAAAGCUUGGCUUUUUCGCAACGUUGGGUUUCGUUGGAAUUGCAAAUUUUGCAGCGUCCACUCACUCUUUCUCUUUCGGAUUCUCACUGAAUAUUUAUGGAAUGGAGGUAGCAGUGACUGCACCCAAUCCCAAUCGAAAUUCUCAGAAUCUGUACUCAAUUUCUGUCUUCCCAUUUUGACCUCGUUUUCGCGCUUCUUCCUUCACCAUGAGAAUCGCUUCCUUUCCUCCUCCUUCUUCCGCCUCCGGUUGGUCGCGUUUCUGUUCGUCGGCGCUCCGAUCCAAGCGUCUCGUAUCUCCGGCGGAGAAGGCCGCGCGCGAAAACUCCGACCUCGGCCUCUCCCGCCGCCUCGGCGUCUUUGACCUUGUGCUCCUCGGAAUUGGCGCCUCCAUCGGCGCCGGCAUCUUCGUCGUCACCGGCACCGUCGCUCACGACGCCGGACCCGGAGUAACCAUUAGUUUUAUACUUGCGGGGGCGUCAUGUGUUAUAAAUGCACUCUGUUAUGCUGAGCUGGCUUCUAGAUUUCCUGCUGUUGUCGGAGGAGCAUAUCUAUAUACAUACACAGCGUUUAAUGAACUUACGGCUUUUCUUGUUUUUGCACAAUUAAUGCUUGACUAUCACAUUGGGGCAGCUAGCAUAGCAAGAAGCCUAGCAAGUUAUCUGAUAAAUAUUCUUGAACUCUUUCCUGUUUUCAAAGAUAACAUUCCAAAAUGGAUUGGUCAUGGGGAAAACAUAGGCGACGUGCUAUCCAUCAAUAUCUUAGCUCCAAUUCUGCUAAUAAUUCUCACUUUAAUUCUCUGUCAGGGUGUUCAAGAAUCAUCAGUUGUGAAUUGUCUUAUGACGGUGACCAAGGUAGUCAUUGUUAUCAUUGUCAUUUUUGCCGGAGCAUUUAAGGUUGACACGUCCAACUGGUCUCCCUUUGUUCCAAAUGGUUUAAAAUCCAUAUUUACAGGAGCUACCGUAGUCUUCUUUGCAUAUGUUGGAUUUGAUGCAGUUGCCAAUUCUGCCGAAGAAUCUAAGAGGCCUCAGCGGGAUUUGCCAAUAGGCAUAAUAGGAAGCCUCUUAGUAUGUAUUGCAUUGUACAUUGGAGUAUGCUUGGUGAUUACUGGAAUGGUUCCAUACCAGUUACUAGGAGAAGAAGCUCCUUUGGCUGAAGCUUUUACAUCUAAGGGUUUAAAGUUUGUUUCUAUUCUGAUUAGUGUUGGUGCCGUUGCUGGACUUACAACAACACUCCUUGUUGGUCUUUACGUUCAGUCUCGACUAUAUCUUGGGCUCGGAAGGGAUGGUCUACUACCCUCAAUAUUUGCUAAAGUCCACUCCAAAUGUCACACCCCUAUUCAUUCUCAGGUCUGGGUUGGCUUGAUUGCCAGUGUUUUGGCUGGGCUAUUGAAUGUGCAUGUGCUCUCUCACAUUCUUUCCGUUGGUACACUGACUGGCUAUUCGGUUGUCUCAGCGUGUGUUAUUGUACUUCGCUGGAAGGAUAAGACAAAUAGUCAUGUAUCAUCUUCUGCUGAGCGGGAAGGUGUAAUUUGCCUCGUUACUGUUGCUGUUUCUGGAUUUGCUAUGGGGGUCUUAUACCGUUACGAUGCUUCAUAUUUUUUUCUGAUUCUGCCUUUAGUUAUCGCAGCUGGUGCUUCUGCUGCUCUUGUUUUCCGCCAGAACACAAUGAUGGUUGUAUGUGUCAAAUACACGAAACGGAAAGGCAAUCUGAAGGUUUAUGCAGAUGCACCAGGGUUUUCUUGUCCGUGGGUUCCCCUUCUGCCAAUUAUUUGCAUCUUCUUUAACAUGUUCUUAUUUGCCCAGUUACAUCAUGAAGCAUGGGUGAGAUUUGUGGUUCUCUCUGUUGUCAUGGUUGGUGUUUAUGCAAUAUAUGGCCAGUAUCAUGCUAACCCCGGUGCAGACGAUAUUAUCUAUCACGAGGCACCAGAGGAAGAAGCACUAUGAGUUAUCUGUUCAAUAUUAUGCAAUGUAUUUUUAUUUUUGGCCUGAUUAAAAUGUAUGUAGUUAAUCGGUUUUUUUUAAGAGUAAUUUAGCUAUUGUUCGAUCUUCUAGGAAAUUAGGAAUGUCCAUUUUGUAUGAAUAAUUAUCUGACUGUUCUUGUUACUAUAUUGUAUAUGACAGUCAGCUAGAAUUUAUAUGGUGUAUCUCGUUUGUUACUUCACAAAAAAGGAAAAUCUAAGUGUAUCUUGUGCGAA